AAACAGUUGCAGCGGUGAGUCUGUGAAGACACGACGAUUCCAUUUUCGCCCUUUUGAUUUUGCAGGGAAGAAAUUGGAAGAAAAAUUAGUAAAAAAAUUUAAGAACUCGGUGAUCCAAGGUAUAGGUACGACUAGGAAGGGAGUACGGGUGGGAGAUGAAGGGAUUUGUUAGGUUUCUGGUGAGAAAAUCUCUUCUAGGAAGGACCGUGAUACCUACCCCCAUCGAUGAGAAGCGCGGGCCUUUCCUUUCGUCAUUUCGUGCCAUAUAUUCUUCGGCGAUGCGCUCGCAUACUCCAAUUUCUUAUCUAAAUCCUUGGAAACCCGCGUCUUUCCUUCCGCCAAAUUCUGGUCUAUGGGGAAGUUUUAAUGGGCAGAAGAGGAGCAUGUUUAUCCAGACUCAAUCAACACCAAAUCCAUCCUCUCUCAUGUUUUACCCAGGAAAGCCUGUGAUGGAAGUUGGAAGUGCCGAUUUUCCGAAUGCCCGUACGGCCAUGUCUUCUACACUUGCUAAAUCUAUCUUCGCAAUUGAUGGAACUACAAGAGUAUUCUUUGGAUCAGAUUUUGUGACAGUUACGAAGUCUGAUGAUGCUUCCUGGGAUUAUUUAAAACCUGAAAUUUUUGCUGCAAUAAUGGACUUCUACACGUCAGGAAGCCCUCUUUUUCUUGAUUCAAAUACAGCAGCUUCGAAGGAUACUGCUAUUAAUGAGGAUGAUUCUGAAAUUGUUGCAAUGAUCAAAGAACUUUUAGAGACCCGAAUUCGACCUGCUGUGCAAGAUGAUGGUGGUGAUAUCGAGUAUCGUGGAUUUGAUGAAGAAACUGGAAUAGUAAAGCUAACGAUGCAAGGAGCUUGUAGUGGCUGUCCUAGCUCUUCAGUGACUUUGAAAUCUGGCAUCGAGAAUAUGCUUAUGCAUUAUAUACCAGAGGUUAAGGGAGUAGAACAAGAGCUGGAGAAUGAAGAAAACGAAACAAAAAUUGCCAGCCAAAUAGACUGAAAGGAAUGGCUGGUUUGUCUUGCACGAAACAAAAUACUCCAGCUUCUCGGUUAGGCAUGAUAUGUUUGUGUAAAUUGAGUUUUGUAAUAGUACAAUGGAGCCCCUUUAUUUUUCCCUACAGAUUUUAUUUAAAUCUAUAUCCAAAAGUAGCUUCCUCUUUAUUUAUACUUUUAUCAUAACCUCUUUUUAAUUAUUUUGUUGUCUCAAUACAGUUUUGCUUUAUUAAUCCAAAUUACAUAAACAAAUCAUUGAAGA